AUGAAAGUUCUUCGCUCACUUGAUAUUCUUGAAGGCAUUUUCUUAAAACUACAAUUAUCAAAAUUUUAUGGAUGUAACAUUCAUUUUACCGUAAGAUAUUAUUGGGAUGAAUUGGAUCAUUUACAGCAACCAUUCUCCUACAUUAAUAUCUCCCAGAUUCUUUUUCCGGCUCUUGAAAAAGUCAUCUCUAACACACCUCAAUUAUGCAUUUCAAUUAAAGAUGCAAAGACGCCAAAUCCACAAUUUGUCCUUUUACCAGAAAUAGAUUUUUCAAGUGUCGUUAAAUUUGUUACAAUAAAUUCUGAUAAAGAGUUUAUUAAUAUAUCUGAAAAAGAACUUUGUACAGAAUUUGAUUUAGAUGAUGAAACAAAACCGUUUUGGCGUAUUGUUGUCGGAACAAACGAUUCCACUACAUUCGAAAAUUCAGAAAUUAAACCAAAUUUCAAUUUAUGUAUAAUGUUUACAUGCAAUCAUGUUAUUGGCGAUGGAUUAAGUGCAAUGGCAUUUCAAGCUACUCUAAUGGAAGCAAUUGACGAAGUUUUCUUACAGAGAGAGACAUGCGGUGGCUCUAUCUCAAAAUCCAAACUUCAUAUUGAUCAAUCAACUAUUAUUGCGAAUCCAUUAAGCUUUAAAAGUUAUGAAAGUAUUUAUCAACCUGAAAAUAAUCCAGUAAAAAUUGCAUCUCCUGUCAUAACUGGAUCUGCAGCAACAAAUUUUUGGAUGGGUGACGUACGUCCAUGUGAUCUCCCUCAAGAUAUUACUAAAGUUCAUUACUUUUCUUUAACUGAGGAUGAAUUCACACCUAUACUUGCAUUAGCAAAAAUUCACAAGACUACCAUUUUCGCCGUUUUAAAUAUGUUGGCAUUUUUUUCUAUUCGUGAAGUUGUUGGUCAUGCACUUGACUCACAAAUUUUAAAAGUUCGUGUACCAUUUUCAUUAAGAAGAAGUGUAACACCACAAGUUCCAUGGAAAGAAUUUGGAAAUUUUGUUACUGUGAUGUUAUAUGAUUUUGAUAUGGUUAAAAUUUCUUCUAUUCAAUUAUCAGAUAAUGAUUUCAAAGAAAAAUUUUGGGAUUUAUGUCAAAGUUAUACAUUAGCUGUCCGUUCUGAACCUUCAACUUUCUUUGAACGUCCAAUUAUACCAGCUAAACCUGUUCAAAAUAAUGAAAAUCAUGAUAAAAAUAAUGCUAGUAAUGAAAAUAAAAAUGAUAAUCUUCAAGACACUAUUGAAAAUUGCAUGGGAGAAAAUAAUAUCGAUGAAAAUAGAGUAAAUGAAAAUGGUGUUGAUGAAAAAAAUACUGAUGAAAAUGGUGCUGAUGAAAAAAGUAUUGAUGAAAAUGGUGCUAAUGAAAAUCAUGUAGAUGAAAAUGGGGCAAAUGAAAAUUGUGUAGAUGAAAAAGGUGUUGAUGAGAAUAGUGUAAACAAAAAUGGUGUAGAAAAAAAUGGUGUAUAUGAAAAUGGUGUAGAAAAAAAUGGUGUAAAUGAAAAUGGUGUAGAAAAAAAUGGUGUAAAUGAAAAUGGUGUAGAAAAAAUUGGUGUAAAUGAAAAUGGUGUAAACGAAAAUGAUGUUGAUGAGAAUAAUGCAUAUGAAAAUAGAUUGAAAGAAACCGGUGUAGAUAAAAAAGGCAUAAAUGAAAAUGGUAUGAGCGAGAACGAUGUAGAUAAAAAUGGUGCACACAAAAAUGACGUAAACGAGAACAGUAUAGAUGAGAAUAACGUAGAUGAAAAUGGUGCAAAUGAGAACAAUGCAGACAAAAAUGAUGAAAAUGGAGUAGAUAAAAAUGAUGAGAAUAAAAAUGUGGAAAAUCAAAAUAAGACAAAUGAAAAUGUUACAAAACAACCAUCUACUCCUCCAUUACCCGAUAAAAGAUUUAGUUCAUUAAACAUGUCUAAUUUAGGAAGAUUCCCCGUAAACUCAUCCAAUAGAAAACGAUCAGAUUUAAAAGUUGUCAGUUUAAAUUAUUCUGGUUCGGCACCUAGAUUCGAUGCUGUAUUCAGAAUAAAUUCCAUUUCUUAUGAUAAUGUAUUACAUAUUUGCAUUUUGCAUCAAGAUGGUUCUAUCCGUGAUGAACAAAUGGAUAAAUUUAUUAGUGAGUUCUUAAAAAUAUCAAGGAUGAUAGUCAAAGAAAUUUAG